UCUGCCCCGCCGAGGAGAGGACCGAGGGUAAAUUGGGAGCCGAUCAGGAUCCGGGGUGGGAUCGGACUCGGAGCCCCGUUCUGGUAAGGUUCUUGAGCGCUAGGGCCCCAGGCUGGCUGCUUUUCAGUCCCCUUCCGCGUCUCUUUGCGCUCUCCUUGGCGAUCCUUUGGACCCAGUUUUCUCUCUUCUCCAUGUCCUUUCUCUUCCGUUCCUUGCCUUCCUAAAUGCCCAAAGCCUCGCGGGGCCUGGCGGCGGGGCACAGAGAGUGGGGGCGCGUGUUGCCCCUGCCCCCGAUUCCGCCCCCUGCCGAUCGUUUCCCAUGUGUCUGCACAUGAUGCAAUUCAGUGCAACUGGAAAGUGCAGUGGAUGCUUCCGUGGCCCCCAGCAGGGGUCCCAGGGCGGUGCACACUGAGAAGGAGAGGCGAGGGGGCAGGCCCAGGCACUGGGCUGCAGGGAAGGGACCGCUGGCGAGACCCUCCCGGCCCUGUCAAGCUCUCCACCCCUCUCCGCCCUCUGCCGACACACCUCUCCGGCCCAGUCCCGCUCCCUCCCUCCAGCCUCCCUCUCCCAGGCUCACGGAUCCCUCCCCCCUGCACCUCCCCGGCGCCCUCCUCCUCCCGGCCCCCUCCCGCGCCCUUCCUCCUCCCCCCUGCCGCCUAGGCCCGGGGCCUCCGGUAGGCCGGGCUGCGCCAAUCCCGGCCGCGGCCCGCCCCCUGACGCUGAGCUGGGCCCGGCGAGGCCCCGCCCGCUGACGUCCGGAUUUGCAUGAGUUCUUGUGCAGCCGCGGCCCGGGCUCAGUUGUCUGAGCGAGCGCGAGCCGGGAGCCGGGGUGGGCGCGGGCAGCGGCGGGCGGCCAGGCUGUGCUGGGCGAGCGGCGGCGGCGGCGGCGGCGCGGGCGGCGGGGGCGCCUCGGCCGGGGCGGCAGCGGGGCGCCGGCGGGAGCCAGCAGCGUCUGCAGCCGCGCCGGCCGCCCGCGCCCCGGCGCACUCCAGCUCGGCCAUGGAGCUGCCAGCUGUUGGCGAGCACGUCUUCGCGGUGGAGAGCAUCGAGAAGAAGCGGAUCCGCAAGGGCAGAGUGGAGUAUCUGGUGAAAUGGAGAGGCUGGUCCCCCAAAUAUAACACGUGGGAACCCGAGGAGAACAUCCUGGAUCCCCGGCUGCUGAUCGCCUUCCAGAACAGGGAACGACAGGAGCAGCUGAUGGGAUAUCGGAAGAGAGGGCCGAAGCCCAAACCGCUGGUGGUGCAGGUACCUACCUUUGCCCGUCGCUCCAAUGUGCUGACCGGACUCCAGGACUCCUCUGCUGACAACCGCACCAAGCUGGAGCUGGGCGCUCAGGGCAAGGGCCAGGGGCACCAGUACGAGCUCAACAGCAAGAAGCACCACCAGUACCAGCCGCACAGCAAGGAGCGGGCGGGCAAGCCCCCACCGCCGGGCAAGAGCGGCAAGUACUACUACCAGCUCAACAGCAAGAAGCACCACCCCUACCAGCCCGAUCCCAAGAUGUACGACCUGCAAUACCAGGGAGGCCACAAGGAGGCGCCCAGCCCCACCUGCCCGGACCUGGGCGCCAAGAGCCACCAGCCUGACAAGUGGGCCCACGGAGCGGGGGCCAAGGGCUACCUGGGAGCUGUGAAGCCCCUGGCCGGUGCGGCUGGGGCUCCAGGCAAGGGCUCUGAGAAGGGCCCCCCCAAUGGGAUGACGCCGGCCCCCAAGGAGGCGGUGACGGGCAACGGGAUUGGGGGCAAGAUGAAGAUCGUCAAAAACAAGAACAAGAACGGACGCAUCGUGAUCGUGAUGAGCAAGUACAUGGAGAAUGGCAUGCAGGCGGUGAAGAUCAAGUCCGGUGAGGCGGCCGAGGGUGAGGCGCGCUCCCCCAGCCACAAGAAGCGGGUCGCCGAGGAGCGCCACCCGCCAGCCGACAGGACUUUCAAAAAGGCAGCGGGGGCAGAGGAGAAGAAGGUGGAGGCGCCCUCCAAGAGGAGGGAGGAGGAGGCUCCGGGGCCCGUGGACCCGCAGCCCCAGGACGCCGGCUCCCACAAGCCUUCCCCGACCAAGGAAGCCUUCGGCGAGCAGCCCCUGCAGCUCACCACCAAGCCCGACCUGCUGGCCUGGGACCCAGCCCGGAGCACGCACCCGCCCUCCCACCACCACCACCACCACCACCAUCACCACCACCACACCGUCGGCCUAAAUCUCUCCCAUGCCCGCAAGCGCUGCCUCUCGGAGACCCACGGUGAGCGUGAGCCCUGCAAGAAGCGCCUGACGGCGCGCAGCAUCAGCACCCCCACCUGCCUGGGGGGCAGCCCGGCCGCCGAGCGCCCCGCCGACGUGCCCCCCCCCACCGCCCUCCCUCAGCCCGAGGUCAUCCUGCUGGACUCUGAUCUGGACGAGCCCAUAGACUUGCGCUGUGUCAAGACUCGCGGCGAGGCCGGGGAGCCGCCCCGCGCUCUCCAAGUGAAGCCUGAGGCGCCCGCGGCGGCGGCGGCGGCGGCGGCGGCCGUGGUGGCAGCUGUGCCGGUGACAGUGGCCGAGAAGCCUCCGGCUGAGGCCCAGGACGAGCCCGAGGAGCCGCUGAACGAGUUCAAGCCCUUCUUUGGGAAUAUAAUUAUCACCGACGUCACCGCGAACUGCCUCACCGUCACUUUCAAGGAGUAUGUGACGGUGUAGCCGGAGGGUGAAGGGGAAGCGCCAUCCCAGCGGGGGGCUUAGCACCGGGGGCCAGCGGGCGGAGUCCUCCUCUGGCCGACUGCGGGAGAUCCGGGCCGGCCCCCAGGGCGAGGAUGCCCGAAGCCGCAGUGCUUUGGGCUGUGGGAUCCUGGCUGCGGUGCCUGGCCCGCCCCCGCCCCGCACUGGCUCCUCGCACACGGUGCCUGCGGGUCUCGCCCCCGACCUGCCCCAUCCCCGCGCAGGACGAGAGCUGUGCCCCUCCCCUCCCUCGUGGACCUCCGGGACUGACAGGGCAGCCACGCGCGGCGGUCUCAGAGUUAUAGUAUUAUAUUUUAACCGUGCUAACUUGUCAAGUGCAGACUUUACUCCCGUUUGUACGUGGUGUUAUUAUUGAAAUGUAUUGUUUGAGCUCAGAAGGCCCGACCACCCCCCUUCGGGCUGAUAUAUAUAUAUUUAUUUGUAGGUAUUUAUAUAUUGAAAUAUAAAAACCUAGAUUUAUGGAGUUUCCUCUAGAUCAUGUUAUAUUCUAUAUCAGACAAACUAUUUUCUGUUUACCUUUUCUCCCGUUCAUUCAGUAUUUCGGUUGAUUUCAUUUCCUCCCCUUCCAGGAACUGCAAUACCGGUAACCUUGGUAUAUAUUUUUUGAUACUGUACACAUGGAUGUGUUGUUUCUAUGUGCAAAAAAAAAAAAAAAGUUUGUUAAAAAGCUAAACGAGCUCUCUAGAAACUGCUGCUACUAGAAAUGUCUAAACUAUAAGCUUCCAAUUAUUACCUGCUUGAAUGUAAAUAUUAAAUGGAGAUGUUGAAAGUGCA